UUAUUAAGUUCUUGCAUUUUUCAUUCUUUUUUCCACAACACCAAGGGCGCCUUUAUUACCUUCCUUUUGUCUUAUUCUCUGCUGUGUCAUUAUAUAACUAGGCUAUGCUCGAGCAUCUUUUCUUCCCCUUCACUUUUGAGUUCUUUCUUGGUCUUAAAGAAGAGUAAGAGAGAGCUGUCUUUUUUAGGAGAGUUAAUAACAGAAAUUAUAAAACAUGAUCAAGUUGCGGUCUAAGAGGUUUUGCAGAGGCAGCUUUAAGCUGGGUGGGAUUAACAACAACAGUAAUAAUAGCGUUAAAGGAAGUGAGAAAGGGUCAUGUGGAAGUAUUAACAACAGUGAAAUCAAAUGGGAGCUUAGGCCUGGUGGCAUGCUUGUUCAGAAGAGAGAAUGUGGAGACAGUGUUGGAGAGUUGAUUACUGUCAAAGUCUCAACUCUUUCUCAAUGGCAUGAUAUUUCUAUUGAAGCUACUUCAACCUUUGGAGAACUAAAGAUGGUAUUGUCAUUGGUAACUGGAUUGGAGCCAAGAGAACAAAGGCUGUUGUUCAAGGGAAAAGAAAGAGAAGAUGGUGAGUAUUUGCAUAUGCUAGGGGUUAGGGACAAGGACAAAGUGUUCUUACUGGAAGAUCCAGCCAUCAAAGAGAGGAAACUUCAUAGCAUGGCAGGUGGCCAACCCAUUGGAACUCCUUGUCGUACUAUAAGCGUAUGAUAAUAGUUAGUACUUUAAAAGAACUUAUCACUUUCCUUUUACUACUAACCACCAAAAAAAAACCCUAGAAAUGGUGAUGGGUUUCUUCUCCUAAUUAAUUAGCUUGGUUAGAUUAAUGACUUAAAAGUUGCAUAAUUGUGGCAGCAGUUUUGACCAAUUGAAUGUGUGUUAUAAGCUGAUGGUCUGCUGAUGCAUGUCCUAGUCAUUUUUCUUGGUUUACUAUGUUUAUAAGAAAAUGUUGAUUCCUGUGUAAUAUUAUAAAGAGCCGUGUGUCUUUUUAUACUUCUUUUCAUCA